GUCUGUCUCUUAAUGGUAUCAGCCGUCCUGCCACUCGUCGUCCUCGCAAGGACAGCUAUCACUGCUCAACCGACCAAAACAACACCCAAGUAUCCUUUAAGGGGCUCAACUUUAUUUAUUGGUCCUCAAGUGGUGCUGACAAUGACCCAGUCCAACAAAAAGAGGAAAGGCACAUGAGUCCGCUCGAGCACAUGUCAGAAAGCAGGCGGUUGUUUUCCUAAAGCAAUGCCCGUGGAGACGAUCCAGCGUCCACCGAGGUCGUCUGCGAAGACUGCCGUAGCUGCAACACCCCCUCGCCUGCGACCAAAGGGCCCGGUGGGUCCUGACUUCUACCGGCAAAGUCCGCCUGCAGCAGGCAGACCGAAGCAGAGUGCGGUGGAGAGACUGGAAGCGGACAAAGCCAAAUAUGUGAAGAGUCCGGUAGCGCUGUCCAAGCAGCAGCCGGUCAGGCCUCCUGAUGUACGCAAGCCUCUGCUGAGCCCCACCGCCACACUGAGGCCCUCCAAGAAGACGCAAACACAACCCAAAAUCAAGCAGGACACCGCACAGCUCGACUUGGAACACCUGAGCAAUCUGAUCAGUGACGUGAGCGACGAACCCAGUGCAGCCGUUACCGCAGAGUCCGUUGACACCGUGAUGACUCAGCAGAAAAAAGAGAGGCCGGAACUGCCGUCUCGUCCUAACGGCUCGAGUCCGGCCAAGGUGAGACUGAAAGCAUCCGAAACUGCUGCAUCUCCGAUUGCAGGGACCGUGCGCAGGGUGGACGUCAUACCUCAGGCCAGGCACGUGCAGACCCCUCGCAGGCCACCGAUGUUCAUCCGCCAGCCGCUUCAGCCUCUCCGUCUGCACCCCCAGUUUCCCCUCCGCUUGGCUACUUCACACCUGUACCUCCGAACAACAAACACUCCUCUGAAACCUUUUGCUGCUCCACCUCCACCAGACAAGCCUCCCGCCUCAUCUCCUCUCUGCAUCCCCGUUUUCCCUCCUCCCUCGCCGGCCAUUACACGUCUAUCCUCCUCCAGCGCCAGGAAACGCCGCUCCCUAACCCGCUCUAAAUCAGACAUGAGCGACCGUUUUUCCCGAGCCGGAACCGAGUUGGAACGCUUCUUCAACCUGUGCGGUUUGGACCCCGCCGACCUGCAGGAGUUGACCGGAUCCGCUUCCGACAUUGUGUCUAUGGCUCGCUUUCGCAGCGUCAGCGCUCCGGGGUCCGAGUGCGCGGGCUCCGGCAGGCAGGAUGAAGGUGACGAUGAGGAGGAACAAGAGCGCGUGCCGUAUGGUGUUUCUGUCAUUGAAAGGAACGCAAGAGUGAUCAAGUGGCUUUAUGGAGUCCGUCAGGCAAAGUGAGCGCACAUACUUGCAGGAUGUGGAGCUUGAAAUGAAAGAUGUUUCUUCUUUCACUGUCAAAUGGCAGCCGGGAUAAAGAAAUAGUUUUAUUUGUGUUGCAAAUAGGAGAAAGUGUUGUUUUUGUAUUUGUGGUUUGUUGGCAAGCAUUUGCCAAUGAACAAAAACCCAAGAAGCUUUGGAUAAUGGUAGACAAAACAGGUUAAAGGUCAAAUCUGUACCUUUUUCUUUCUUACCUUUCUGUAGGUCAAUGUUCUCAACUCAUUUAAGAGGCUUAUCAUAAUAAUAUUAUGUCUUAGCAGCGACCUCUUUAGAUUUUUGAAUAUCUAAUCCAAAAGGCUCGCUAAACUGAGGUCAAAGGUCAUGUUUGUGUUGUAACAGUGUCCAUAAAGUAACUUAAUUAUGGCAACUGUGAUGGUUUUCUAUUCAUAGAAAUGUGUCAUAACAAUGUUUAGCUGAUUGUUCAGUUGGACAAUGAAGUGACACUUGUGCUCGCACACUUUGGCUGUAAAUGAAAUAUGAUUUGAUGCAAUGUUUUUCUUGAUUUUUUUUUUGAUUAUUUAAACUGGCAAAAUGUGCACAUACAGUAUUUGACAUUGUCAACUUGUAAAAUAAAAAGUCGAAUUUUGAA